CUUUGUGCGUUUAUUUCCAUGUUUGAGAUUAUUUUCUUAGGCUGGGCUGACUGGGAUAAGAGAGAGGUAGGAGAAAGUCGAAUCUCAGAAGAAGGGGGUGCAUCGCCGGAGGGCUCCCCACGGCCGCGUGCCUCCUGGGGGCGCAUGUCUCUGAGCCCACGCGUGUCCCCUCCGCAGCGCCCGCCGCGGCCGGAGUACCGGGCUCCCUUCCUGCAGAGCGCCCAGGUCCUCUUCAGCCACCGCUACUUCGACUACCUGGGGAACGCCAUCGCCCUCGGGAACCUCGUGUCCAUUUCUGUGUUCUUGGUGCUGGAUGCGGACGUGCUGCCCGGGGACCGUGACGACUUUGUCCUGGGG